GCUGCUGGGGUGUGAAAUGGCGAGCUGGAAAGUAAACAGGUGGAAGUUUCUCAUUCUUCAGCGGGAGCGCUGACAAAGCUGUCGAGAUUACGACUAAGUUCGUUGCCUUUUAAACAGUCAGUGUAAAAGGCGCCUGACGCCAAGUUUGUUUGCUUCUUGUUGUUGUUUUUUUCCUGUCAGGGUGACAGCUAACCGGACAGGCUAGCAGAAGGAGCUAAAUCUCUCUCGCUCUCUCUCUAUAUCUCUCUCUCUAUCUCUCUCUCUCUCUAUCUCUCUCUCUCACACACUCUUUGUCGUUCUUUCUCUUUUACGCCCUUUUCUCUGUCCGUGGACCUCCGGGAGAGCCGCGCGGCGCUUUGAGGUUUUUCGGUGAAUAACCGCCACCGUUAAGACCGUUAAGGGCAGCGGUGGCGAAGCUGAAGGCGGUGCAGCUCCGUAGGUUAAUCCUGCUGUUUAACACGAGUGGACUAUGGCAGGAAACGCGUUCAGCUGAUCGGUUCGAGUGGAAUAAGCAGGUCCGAAGUCACUUUACUCGACGACUGGGGCUCGUUACCUCUAACUCGUCCCACUGCUUUAGGGAAUAAUAAUAAUAGCCGCCAGAACCAUGGAUGACCCCAGUGUGAGCGACUCUAACGUGAAGGUGGCUGUCCGGGUCAGACCCAUGAACAGGAGAGAAAAGGACCUGAAGACAAAGUGUGUGGUGGAGAUGGAGGGGAACCAGACGGUGCUGCUUCCUGCGGGCAGCAACCUCGGAAAGGGGGACAGCAGGAAUCAACCAAAGGUGUUUGCAUAUGAUUACUGCUUCUGGUCUAUGGAUGAGGCGAACACAGCCAAAUUUGCAGGUCAGGAGGUCGUGUUCCAGUGCCUUGGGGAGAGUCUCCUGGAUAAUGCGUUCCAGGGCUAUAAUGCCUGCAUAUUCGCUUAUGGACAAACUGGCUCAGGGAAGUCAUACACUAUGAUGGGCUCGGCAGAGCAGCCUGGUCUGAUCCCGCGGCUCUGCAGCUCUCUGUUCCAGCGGACUGCCCAAGAGCUGAGGGAGGGAGAGAGCUUCACUGUGGAAGUGUCCUUCAUGGAGAUCUAUAACGAGAAGGUCCGAGACCUGUUGGACCCUAAAGGGAGUUCUCAGGCGUUGCGGGUGAGAGAACAUAAGGUGUUGGGUCCAUAUGUUGAUGGCCUGUCCCGUCUGGCUGUGACCAGCUAUAAGGACAUCGAGUCGUUGAUGUCUGAGGGGAAUAAAUCCCGCACUGUGGCGGCCACCAACAUGAACGAGGAGAGCAGCCGCUCGCACGCUGUCUUCAACCUCAUCCUCACUCACACACUGCGAGACCUGCAGUCCGGGACGAGUGGGGAGAAGGUCAGUAAGCUGAGUUUGGUGGACCUGGCAGGCAGUGAGAGAGCAACUAAAACUGGAGCUGCUGGAGACAGGCUGAAAGAGGGCAGCAACAUCAAUAAGUCUCUCACUACUCUAGGCCUGGUGAUUUCAGCACUGGCGGAUCAGGGAGCUGGAAAGAACCGGAGUAAAUUUGUGCCUUAUAGAGACUCUGUACUCACAUGGCUACUGAAGGACAGUCUGGGUGGUAACAGUCGCACAGCCAUGGUGGCCACAGUCAGUCCUGCCGCUGAUAACUAUGAUGAGACUCUGUCCACUCUGCGCUACGCAGACCGAGCCAAGAGCAUCAUAAAUCAUGCAGUGGUGAACGAGGACCCGAACGCCAGGAUCAUCCGUGAGCUGAGGGAAGAGGUGGAUAAACUCAAAGAGCAGCUCACUGAGGCUGAGUCCAUGAAGGCUCCGGAGCUGAAGGAGAGGCUGGAAGAGUCUGAAAAACUGAUCAAGGAAAUGACGGUUUCCUGGGAGGAAAAACUCAGGAAGACAGAGGAGAUUGCACAGGAGAGACAGAAGCAACUGGAGAGUUUGGGCAUUUCUCUCCAGUCAUCUGGUAUCAGGAUGGUGGAGGAUAAGUGCUUCCUGGUGAACCUCAACGCAGAUCCAGCACUCAAUGAGCUACUGGUCUAUUAUUUAAAGGAUCACACUUUGGUGGGCUCAGCAGACUCUCAGGACAUCCAGCUGUGUGGAAUGGCUAUUCAACCACAGCACUGCACCAUUGACAUCACUCCAGAGUCAGGAGUGAUACUCACUCCAAAGAGGAACGCUCGUACCUUUGUGAACGGCUCUCUGAUCUCAGCUUCAGUCCAGCUUCACCAUGGCGACCGCAUCCUGUGGGGCAACAACCACUUCUUCAGGAUAAACCUGGCGAAGACUCGGUCUCGUGCUGGACCUGAAGUAGAGGAGGGCGGGGGGAUGAAGGCUGCUCUGAGUGUGGAGCGGCUGGACGUGGACCUGGACAGAGUGAGUCAGGGCUCCAGUGAGGUCAGCUUCAACUACGAGUACGCCCAGACUGAGGUCAUGAUGAAGGCCUUGGGCAGCGACGACCCGCUGCAGUGUGUGCUGCAGUCCCUGGAGCGGAGGCACGAAGAGGAGAAGCGCUCUGCUCUGGAGCAUCAGCGGCUUCAGUACGAGGAGGAGUUAGAGCGCCUACGUCGGAGCUUGGGCACUGAAAGAUCACCGCAGAGAGGCAGUGUGGUCUUCCCUCUGAACUCCUCCCAGACCUCAGAGAGCCACCCACGCCAGGCCAGUGAUGACAGAGAGGCGGUGCUGGCCCGCAGUCUGAGAAAGCUCAGAGAACAGAUCGUCAGAGCGAACCUGCUGGUGCGGGAGGCCAGCUUCAUCGCUGAGGAGCUCAACAAGAAAACAGAAUACAGCGUCACCCUGCAGAUCCCGGCAGCAAACCUCAACGCCAACCGCAAGAGAGAUGCUGUGUUGAGUGAGCCUGCCGUUCAGGUGAGACGGAAAGGGAAAGGGAAGCAGAUCUGGGCGAUGGAGAAGAUGGAGAACAGACUGGUGGACAUGAGGGAGCUCUAUCAGGAGUGGAAGGACUAUGACGAGGACAAUCCCGUGAUGCGUUCCUACUUUAAGAGGGCUGAUCCGUUUUUUGAUGAGCAGGAGAACCACAGUCUGAUUGGUGUAGCUAACGUCUUUUUGGCCUGUCUGUUCUUCGACAUUAAGCUACAGUACGCAGUACCCAUCAUUAACCAGAAGGGGGAGGUGGCGGGGCGUCUGCAUGUGGAGGUAGAGAGGGUGAGUGGGACGCUGGAGGCAGAAGCAGGAGGAGAGGAGACUGACCGCAGCGCCGAGGGAGAAACACAAGAACGCAAACUAACCUGCAGGAUAAAGGUGACUCAGGCCAAUGGACUGCCUCAGCAUCUGUCCAACUUUGUGUUCUGUCAGUAUCAUUUCUGGGGUCAAGCUGAGCCAGUGUUUAUUGCCCCAGAGGUGGACCUGUCAGUCCCGUCCACUCCCAGCAGCAAAGACCCCCAGUGCCUGGUGGUGUUCGACAGCUGUAAAGAUUUGGAGGUGAUGGUAACUGAAGAUCUGAUCGAGUUCCUGGCUGAGGGAGCCGUGGCUAUAGAGGUUUAUGGGCACAAACUGGCCAACCCCCGUCGAAACCUGGCUCUGUGGGACCUGGGGGUGAUCCAGGCCAAAACCCGCUCCCUCAGAGAGAGGUGGAGUGAGGUGAUGAGAAGACUGGAGCUGUGGGUGCAGGUGCUGGAGCUGAAUGAGGGUGGAGAGUUUGUCCCUGUGGAAGUCGUUCCUGCUAAAGAUGUUCGCACAGGAGGAAUCUUCCAGCUCCGGCAGGGUCAAUCUCGGCGUAUCCAGGUGGAGGUGCGCUCGGUGCAUGACUCAGGUACCAUGCCCCUCAUGGUGGACAGUGUACUCAGUGUGUCUGUGGGCAAUGUGGAGGUCCGUCCAGUCCCCCGGGUGGGAGAUGAAGAAAUGGACAGCUAUCAGGAGAAGGAUUUGGAGCGAAUGAGAGCUCAGUGGCUGACAGCUCUCACUAAAAGACAGGAGUAUUUGGACCAGCAUCUACAGAAACUCGUCUCCAAACCAGAUAAGUCUGAGGAUGAUGUAGAGAGGGAGUCUCAGUUUUUGGAGUGUCGUUUGACUCUGACUGAGGAGAGGAACGCAGUGCUGGUGCCCUCUGCUGGCAGCGGCAUUCCUGGAUCUCCAGCGCAGUGGGUCCCUGUUCCUGGAAUGGAGACACACAUUCCUGUCCUCUUCCUGGAUCUUAGUGCUGAUGAUUUUUAUGAUGGCGUGUCUGUUCCGCCGGCUGGAGGUUUGGACGCAGUUCUGAGUGGAGAGGAUGAUGACGACUUCUUUGAGCUACAGAUUGUUAAGCACCGCGACACAGCAGUGAAAGCAGAGGCUUCGUGGGACUGUACGAUGCAUGAGUGUGCUGAGCUGAGUCGUGGUGGGGGUCCGGAGCAGCGUGUGUAUCUCACUGUGCGUGUGGUCGUCGUCCUCAGCCACCCAGCUCAGAUGCAGCUAGUCCUACGCAAACGCAUCUGCGUCAACCUCACUGCACGACAGGGAUUUGCUAAAAGCUUGCUGAAGCGGAUAUCUCAGCGGAGCACUAUCCCUGGCUGUGGGGUCACCUUCGAAGUCGUCUCCAACAUACCAGGGGACAUGCAGGGUCCGGAGGACACUGAGAUGCUGGCCAAGCUGGCAGCCAGCGCAGAAAAACCAGCAGAGGACAGCGAGGCGGCCAUAGAGAAGUACCUGCACAGCGUUCUAGCUGUGGAAAAUAUCCUCACUCUGGACCGACUCAGACAGGAGGUGACCGUGAAGGAGCAGCUUGCUAACAAAGGGAAAAAUCGCAGGCGCUGCCUGAGUUCCCCUAAUGUACACAGGCUGUCUGGAAGCAAGCAAGAUCUUUCCUUCAACCAUGAGCCUGGUGUCAAUAAAGGUGUUUGGGAGAAACACCAGGAUAUUUCUGCAGCACAUCCAUCUAUAAAAAGCACAUCAUCUCAUUCUGAACUGUCCCAAAGCCAGAACCCAGAGCCAGGACUUUCAGGACUGGCUGCUUCUUAUUUCUCCCCAGUUAAAGCGUUGGUGACACCAAUGCCCAAAAUGCUAAAGUCCCUGUUCCCUAAAAAAGAAGAGAAGAAAGACCUGAGUGCCCCUCCUGUCUUACAGCAGCAGGUGAUGUUCUCUGAGGUGGAUAAGGAGGAGCCUGAGAGGGACAGAGUAGUAGUGGUUGACCUGUUUGGGGGAGGUUCAAAUGUUCCCCGUAUUAUAGUCCAGUCUGCAAGUCUGGAGGACAACCUCAGUACUCCUAAACUGGCUCCUGAGGACAAUUCAGCUGCAAAGUUCACACCAGAGAACAUGGAAACUGCAGUGUUUUCUGCUUUAUCGUCUUCUUCACACGAGGAGCAAAGCUCAGCAACAGUGCAGGUGACCGAAGUGUCAGAUGUCCGCACAGAAAGGACACCUGAUAUCCAGACCCCAGUCACAGAAAGUCAAACAGAAGAUCUGCCUGUGUUUGUGGAGGUUUCAACUCAUGUUCAGUCUGAGACUGAGAACAUCACUUACAGCCCUGUUAGUUCUGCAUCUAGCGGCUACAUCUCCACCAGCAUCUCCACAGCAACUCUCUCAGAAGCCCUGGUCUCAAAUACGGAUCUACCAUGUGAGUUCAGCUUGGAGUCACCGGAACCACAGGAAACUCCUGAAACCGCAGACGAGAUGGAACCAGAGAAAGGCAGUGAUGCCGCUGUAGAGAUCAGCAUCACUCCACAGCAUGGGGCAGAGCAGGUCAGCCUUAAAGAGGAACAAUCUGAAAUAGCCAAGAUGCCUGACCAGGCAAUCCCAAAGUUUAUUCCUCAAGAAAGCACUACUAUUCCCAUCCUAACUUCUGCAGAAAAAACGACUACUUCACCAUCAGAAAUAACAUCUUCAUCUCUUUCUGACCUUGAGGCUUCAGCUCACACCACUGAUUUCAUUCCUUCAGAAGAGCCUCAACAAAAACCUGCGUCAUCACCAUCGACCUCUAUAGCACCACCAUCCAACCAUCCUGCUUCUCAGGCACACCUGGCUGACUCACCAGCCUCAGCUCCUGAAGCAGAUGCCCAAACCAGGGCCACAAAAUCCUUGGCGCAAAUAAAGACUCCAAGUCCCAAUCCUGAAGUAAGCCCACCACCAACACCAUCAGUAAAGCAAGAGCAGCCAGUUCAGCCACUUCGGUCCCAGACCUCCGCAUCAAACCCGUUCAAAAUCCAGAAGGUAAAGGCUUCAGGUUUGAAGUCCUUUAAAGGGAUCAUUCAUGAGGUGGAGGAAGAAGAGGUCAAAGAAACCAUCGAUCCACUGUCAGGUUUAAGUGACCCUUUGGAAAAGCUGGAGAUCCUUUCUGAUACAGAGGAGUUGCAUGAGGAAGGUCCCAUCCCCGACUGGCUGAAGGAGGAUGAAUAUGUGACAGUAGGCAACAACAAAAACGGCACAGUGCGCUACGUUGGGCCGACUGACUUUGCAGACGGCAUCUGGGUCGGUGUGGAACUCGAUGUCCCAGCAGGUAAAAACGAUGGCUCAGUGGGCGGCCGCUAUUAUUUCCACUGUAACCCCGGCUAUGGUGUUCUGGUGAGGCCGGACAGAGUCUCUCGUGCUUCAGGCACAGCUAAACGACGACGACAGAAACGCAAGCAGAACCUCUCGGGCUCCAGCCCCAACCUGGCAGCCCUGACUGCGCUGGCCAAAGGUGAGGGUCCUGGAGGGGCACGCAAAGGAGAAAACAGGAAGUCGUGGAACAGCUGAAUGAAAAGCUGAACAGAGCUGCUUUUCCAUCAGUCCUCACUACUGUUUCUGUUCUAAUGGCUACGUGCUGCUUCCCAUGAGUUUGGCAGGUGUAGCACUAGCCUUACACGAAGUCACUACACUGAAUGGCUGUCAAAUGCAACAAGCUAGUAGCACGGUAUUGCAUAUCAAGCCGAGGUGCCAUGCGUGCCAGCUCUGUCCUGAUGAUGGUUGAAUAUUGCUGCACUGAUCAGUAUUUUUUAUUUUUUAUUUUUUUAACUACACAGUGUGCCUUAAACGAUGGCUGUUUGCAUCAUAUGUAUUUUAUCUCAGCUUUUUGGUUCAUCUCAGGGACGUUUCAGAUGGAUCAUGAUUAUUCCAGGAGUCAGAAUGACUGCUGGAUGUUGCUUUUAAGGUUUGUGUGGUAUUUUAAACUGCAUGGGCUGUUUUCCCAGACAUGGAUUAGGAUUAGACUUGAACCAGUAGUGGUGGCAAACGUGCACACCUGCCGAAUAUUGGCAUCGUUUUGAGAGAUGAAUUCACUCAACCGUGAGUUUUAGGGUAAAGGGGACGGGGGAUCUACUGCCAGCUGACCGUUCACAGAAAGACUCCCUCCUCUCACCAAAACACAGCAGAGCGCCGGCUCACAGUCAUUAUUACGCCAACACACAGACAUUCAGCCAUCAGAGCCAAGAUAACGUUACCAACACAUCAAAACAUCGGCUUGGUUUCAUUUUCAGUUUCUUUUUUCCAACAGUUUCAUUGCCAAGUCGGUCGCUGCCUUUUCGAUUGCGUUUAUGUCUGUUGACUGUGGCCAAUAUGUGAGUUUAGGGGCCGUCUACAAAUCACGUCACAAUUAGUAAUCAUCAGGGCCGUUUUAGAGCCAGUAGAACACAAAUAGUGGCUUACAGUGGCCUCUAUUUACAAUAAAUGCAGUGUCUUAAAGGAUGCCUGCACCUUGGCCUUAUGAUCUUGGUAUGGUGAGCAACAGCUCUUUAACAAAUAAUGCCUAGAAAAUAUCAUUUUUUGACUAUUUGUAUUUGUAUACCUGCCUGUAAACCCAGGGUUCAACAACUACACAAUGUAUAGUGACCCACCUAAACCUAUAACUAAAAUAUUUUAUGCAUGAUUUUGAUUUGCCCACUCAGUCGAAUAACCAGCAUGCAUAUGUUGCAUUCUUUUUCCUGCUGUUGUUGCUCCAUAAUCACUGCUGUCUGCAGCAGUAGGGAAGCAGUGUAGGAGUGAAGCCAACGCAUCAGGCAUUUUAAUUUAUGAAGAGAAGGGAUCACCAAAACCUCUUCCAAGAGAUUGCAUUUACAUGUAAACCUAAAGCAGGGCCGAAAUGUCUUUAUGGCGAUUCAAUUUGUAUGUAAAAGAUAAAUGUAAAUGUAGGUCACGGUAAAUAAAAUCUGUUUAUAAAGUGGAAAGAUGAAUAAGAAUAGUGCACUGGUGUCUUUUCAUGGUGCAUUAUUUUCACCAGAAGCAAAGCAAAAAUAACCCCCAAAUUCUCAACAGUGAAUUUUAAGGCAAGGAGUGUAAAUAUUAGUAAACUAUUGGGUAAAGAUGCUUUUAACUUUUAAUCGAGAAAAAAAGUUUCUUUAGCAGAAAAUGUUGACAAUAGGAAAAAGACUAAAUUCAACAUUUAAUUUCAUUUUAGACUUAACUGUAGUAACGUUUUACUAAUAAGAAUGAAAGUUUAACGGUCAUUAUUUACAUCCAGUUGUCAUGUUGAAAUUCCGUUUUCCAUGGGAAUCCAUUUGAACUUUUAUUUCCUAUUUUUCUUAAUUAUUUUUCAAUAACUAAAUUUAAAAAUAGGAACAAUAAAAAUCAGUUUUGAAUAUGCAGAUAGAAUUUCAACAUGUCAAAUUACUCUUCACUCAUUUGGAGGCCAAACCUACUUUCCCCACUUGGGAGGGAGAUUUGUGAAACACCGACUCUGCUGCAGAAAGAAGAGGCAGGUUUAAGUUCAGUGCCAGUUAAAUCUGAAAUCCUGCUCAAGCGAGUCUUCCUCCUCCUCGGGGUCUCCUACAACAGAAGCUUAUCGGGGAAAAGAGUGGCCAGAGUGGUUCAGGCGUCAUUUCUUUUUCAGAAUUGUGUUCUAAAUCUCUACCAGCACACGCAAGUAAAUAAAGGCACGGUCACAUUGCGCCGUCUGCUCUUAACUACUCGAAAGUGUUCAAGUGGUGAAAUUUGUGUUUGUGUGGUUAUGAUGAGGCACGGCACCCCGCCCAUCCACACACCCAACACCACGGACCUGAACUGAACAGAAAUGGCAGUGAUGAUCCAUUUAGACUGCACUGGUUUAUUGGAGGUGGAUUAAACCUAGUCUUGGGACUAAUGCUAGUGUUAUUUCGCCAUUACAAAUCCCAUUUAGUCCAGCCUCAGACUUCAUCUAGGUCAGGAAUCCAACCAUAGACGUACCUUUUAGUCUACUCUAAAGCUUAAUCUGUGUCUGGGACACCAGCCCUUAGAUGGGAUUAAGCCUGGACAUGGGCUGAACAAUGGAAAUUCUACAUUUAAAACCCUGUGUAAUCCAGGACUAGUCUUAAUCCCAGUCUGGGAAGUCCGGCCCUGAACAUUAAGGGGAAUGAAACAGGCACUAUUCAGUGGGGGAUGCUUGGCUAGCUUUUUGAGUGUGUGCCGAUUUCGACGUGGUUACUGGGAGCUGUCUGGGUUUAAAACUUAUGUAAUAGGAUGUCAUGGAUUAUGUGAGCUGAAUGUGUUUAUGGGGGGUGAAUCAUACAGUAUAUAGAUUCAGAUAAACGUUUGAACAAAAGCUCAAAACCACCGCUGACCCCGUCUACAACAGAGAACACGAAAGCCUUCCUUUUAUACCUGAAACGUGAUUCCACGGAUCUCUCUGUGCGAUCCAGUUUAAGUAUUUUUACUUCUUUCUUUCAGAGAGUAAAAUCAACUUUAUUCCCAUGCCGUCACUGGAAAACUUGUUUGUCAUUUUUCUAAUUGAAUUCAAAUUCACAGCUGUGUGAGAGAAAAAAAAUCCCCAAAAAAAUCUUUAAAACGAUUUUGGUUUUAGAACAAUUUGGUUCGGAUGUGAUCGAGAGUGGGAUUCACAUGAAAGCAGCAUUUUUUUUCCCUUUAAGUAAUUUAUGAUGGUUUUUAUGCAUCUUGUCUAAUUUAUUCCUCAGAUGCUGUUGAUCUGUUUUAUUAAACACUAAAACGAAGCCUGUUCGGCUUUUUCUGCUGUGAGGUUCCGUUUGUGUCUCAUGAAAUCAUUAAAUUUUACGAUAUUGUUUUUUUUUUUCCUCAUUCAUCACAUUUUUUGGCACAGAACAAAGGCAGGCGACGAAAAAAUGAAAGCUCCGGUGGGUCUGUUCAUCAAUAUACCUUUAUUCUCUAGUAGAUACAAUACUAAAAUAAACACAAGUUUUAAAAAAAGUCAUUUUAAACAAAGAAACUGUACAAAAAAACGCUCAUAUAUACUACAGUUUAAUUACAGAACAGUCUACUGUCCAAAAAAGGCACUAAAUUCUUAAAUGGGACAUACAAUGAUUGAGAAGAAAACUUACUUGAAUUACUUGAAAUACAGUUAUUUAUUCGACAUUUUUAAGUUAUAGUUAUUGUAUUCUUUAUUAUACAUCAUUAUUGAAUCGCUGAUUUGUGAAGAGAGAUGCUUAUGGACAGAUGAAAGUGAAAACCCUGAAGACUGGAACACAAAGCACCCCCUGAUUAAAAGCUCAGUGAAUGGCUAAAUAUCACGACACUAGUGUGAGGCGUAGUGUUACGGUGCUGGAUGAGGUCUCAUGAAAUGGCUUAUAAAGCCCAGUAUAUUUUGGCACAGGUUUGCAUGUUUUGUUUAUUUAAGCUGAUUUAAAUCGAUCUAUUCGUUCCCAACCUCACAAACGCUAAAGCAAGGCUGCUCGACGGUUACGCUACAAUACGCGAUGGCAGCCUUUUCAAAGUUACAUGAUUAUAUGGGAUUUUAUUUUUCAAUAAGCUUCUCUCAGCUUUGCACAACGGACUGCCUUCCUCUUCACCAGCAUCCACGGAGAACAGGUCAGGCGUUGACUGCCGCCUUCCGCUCGUUUCAUAUUUCAUAUUUCAUAUAGGGGGUGCUUUGUUUUCUCAAAAUAUAUUUGAAUCCGACACACAAAGAGAGAGACUGCUCUUUAAGAAACAAACAAAA